UGACAGUGAAGAGCCAGGCAGUCUGACCCAUGAUAGGAGGGAGCCAAGUGAAGAGCCAGCCAGUCUGAGCCAUGAUAGGAGGAAGCCAAGUGAAGAGCCAGCCAGUCUGACCCAUGAGUCCAUGUCAACUGCUGACAGUGAAGAGCCAGGCAGUCUGACCCAUGAUAGGAGGGAGCCAAGUGAAGAGCCAGCCAGUCUGACCCAUGAUAGGAGGGAGCCAAGUGAAGAGCCAGCCAGUCUGACCCAUGAGUCCAUGUCAACUGCUGCCAGUGAAGGGCCAGCCAGUCUGACCCAUGAUGAAAUGAGGCAGCCAAAUCCUCAAGGGACAGGGACAAGAAAAGGAAUGAAACGAAAGUGGGCCAGCGAAGAGAACAUAUGUUUCAUGAACUUUUUUAGAGAUGAAUUAAGAGAAAAAAAAAUGCCAUCUGGCUCAAAAAUAAUGGGGUCCCUAAAAAUACUUACCGGAAGAACAGUGGCCCAGAUAAGGGCAAGGGUCCAUAACAUUAUUAUGGAAAAACAAAAAUGGAAAAAGAAUUGUUGAACUGUGGAAUAUGUUUAUGCCCCUGGUAGGGUGGCAUAUAGCAGUUGAACUGUCCGUCAGUCAGUCAGUCUGUCCAUCUGGCCGAAAACUUAUAUGGCCAUAACUUUUUCAAUAUUGAACAUAGCAACUUGAUAUUUAUACCCCUAUUACAAUUGGUAAUGGGGGCUAUAUAGGAGUCACGUUUGUCGGUCUGUCCCGAUAUUUCAUCCGAUCUUCACCAAACUUGGUCAGUAGUUGUAUGUAGAUAAUGUCUAGAUCAAGUUUGAAUAUGGGUCAUGCCAGGUCAAAAACUAGGUCAUGGGGUCACUUAGUAUGUUUUAAACUGUAAGUUUGUACGGACCAUAGCUAUGUUAUUUAUCGUUACAUUUUUAAAUGACUCGGUACAUUUGUUCACCAUCAUGGAACGGUGUGUCGCGUUAAAAGAAAUUACGUCAAUAUCUCAAAGGUCAAGGUCACACUUGGGAGUUCAAAGGUCAAAUGCUUGUCCGGGCCAUAGCUUUGUUUUUUAUUGUGAGAUUUUAAAAUCAUUUGGCACAUUUGUUCACCAUCAUUGAACAGUGUGUCGGGCGAAAGAAUUACGUCGAUAUUUCCAAGAACAAGGGCACAAUUUGAGUUUAAAGGUAAAAAAUGGCCAUAAUUGAGCUUGUCUGGGCAAUAACUAUGUUGUUUAUUGUGCGAUUUUAAAAUCGUUGGCUCUUUUGUUCACCAUCAUUUGACAGUGUGUCGCGCGAAAGAAUUACGUCGAUAUCUUCAAACUCAAAGUUGUAGUUUUAGUUCAAAGGUCAAAAAUGGCAAUAAAUUAUCUUGUCUGGGCCAUAAAUAUGUCAUUCAUUGUAAGAUUUUAAAAUGACUCUGUACAUCAAUUUUGUUCAAAGUCAUUGGAAGGCUUGUCAUGUGAAACAAUUCAAGAGUUCAAAGGUAAAAAUGGCUAUAAAUGAUAAUGGCAUAAUGAUUCUUAAAAAAUCGCCAUAAAUUGUAUUAUCUUGUUUUGUGAAGACAGCAUACAAAAUAGUCUGUGUCAAUGCGUUAUGUGGGGGUAUAUGUCACGUCUGUGACAAAGCUCCAGUUGGCAUGCAUGUGCAUCUUGUGAAGCUGCACAUAUUGAGUGGUGAAAAGUGAAGGUCAAGGUAAUCCUUCAAGGUUAAAUGUUAAAUAUAUUGCUUCUGUCCGUCCGUCUGAAAACUUUAAAAUUGGCCAUAACUUUUGAGCUCACCUGAGUGCAACAUGCUCAUGGUGAGCUUUUGUGAUUGCCUUUUGUCCGUUGUGCGUUGUAUGUCGUCAACAUUUUGCCUUGUGAACACUCUAGAUGCCACAUUUAUUGUCUGAUCUUCAUGAAAUUUUGCAGAACAUUUGUCACAUUGAUACCUCGACUGAGUUCGAAACUGGGUCAUGCUGGGUCAAAAAUUAGGUCACUAGGUCAAAAAAACAACAAAAAAACUUGUGAACACUGUAGAAGUCCAAUCUUCAUGUAACUUUGUCAAAAUGUUUGUCUAAAUGAUAUUUUGGUUUAGUUAAAAAUUGGUUCCGGUCCGUUGAAAAACAUGGCCGCCAGGGGUGGGGCAGUUUUCCUUAUAUGGCUAUAGAGAAACCUUGUGAACACUUUAGAAGUCAAAAUGUUUGCCUAAUCAUCAUGAAACUUGGUCAAAACAUUGGUUUUAUUUAUAUUUUGGACGAGUUUGAAAAUGGUCCAGAUCAGUGAAAAAACAUGGCCGCCAAGGGGCGGGGGAGUUUUCCUUAUGUCUUUAGUUAAACAUUGCUAACACUCUGGAGGCCACAUUUAUUGUCCAUUCUUCAUGAAAUUUGGUCAGAAGUUUGGUCUCAAUGAUAUCUUAGACGAGCUGAAAAUGGUUACGUUUGCUUGAAAAACAUGGCUGCCAAAGGGCGGGGCAUUUUUCCUUAUAUGGCUAUAUAUGGCUAUAGUAAAAUCUUGUUAACACUCUUGAGGCCACAUUUAUUUUCCGAUCUUCAUGAAACUUGGUCAGAAUAUUCAUCCCAAAAAAUAUCGUAGACAAGUUAAAAAAUGAUGCUGGUUGGUUGAAAAACAUGUCCGCCAGGGGGUGGGGCAUUUUACCUUAUAUGGCUAUAGUAAAACUUUGUUAACACUCUAUAGGCCACAUUUAUUUUCUUAUCUUCAUGAAACUUGGUCAGAAGAUUUGUCCUAAUGAUAUCUUGGAUUAGUUCAAAAAUAGUUUCGUUUGCUUAAAAAACAUGGCCACCAGGGGGCGGGGCAUUUUUCCUAAUAUGGUUAUGUAUCAUGCUUUACUAAAACAUUGUAAACACUCUGUAGGCCACAUUUAUUUUCCGAUUAUUAUGAAACUUGGUCAGAUGAUUUGUCCUAAUGAUAUCUUGGAUGAGUUCAAAAAUGGUUCUAGUUGGUGGAAAAACAUGGCCACUAAGGGGGCGUGGUAUUUUUCCUUAUAUGGCUAAGUAAAACCCUGUUAAAACUCUAGAAGCCAUAUUUAUUGUACGAUCAUCAUGACACUUUGUCAGAAGAUUUGUCCCAAUGAUAUUUGGACAAGUUUGAAAUUGGUUCCAGUUGCUAAGAAAAACAUGGCCACCAGUGGGCGGGGCAUUUUUCCUUAUAUGGACUUAUGAAUCUUCUUGAAACUUUGUCAGUAUAUUAGUUUAAAUGAUAUCUUGGAUGUGUUUUUCACGUUGACAUUUGAAGCUUUAACUUUGUAUGAUUCUAAAUAUGUGUCAAUGCUGUCAGUUGAAUUUUGAAAUAUGAAGUUUUACAUUUUUUGUAGAUUAAAUAAUUUGUAAAAUGUUGCAGUUUCGUCAAUCAGUUUUAUAAGAUAUUGAGCUUUAAAUAUGAUGCAGAUUGUAAGAUUCUUAAUAUCUUUCAAUAUUGUGGAUAAGUUUUUGAGAUAUCAAGCUUUGAGUUUUAUGCAAAUUGUAUGAUUUUAAAAUGUUUUAAUGGUGUUGAUCAGUGUAAUGAAGAUUGCAUAAUUUUUAUGUUUUAAUUCUGUCUAUUGGUUUUCAAAAUGAAAGACUUUGAUUUUGUAAGUGCACUUUUAUCUCCUGAAAGAUUCUUUUCUAGUGUUUAGUUUAUAUUUUAAGGCUGUUUGCAAACUCGAAGUGAAAACAGUUCUAAUACAAUUUGGUAAGGACAUGACAUUGCAUAUCUGAUUUUAAAAUGUACUUUGCUGGCAACGUGUAAUUUUCUGAAAUGUCUUAGUAAGACUGUUGUUUGCAAUCAAAAGGUCUGUGCUUCAAAUACAGGGUAAUGCAUGUUUUUUGUCCAAAUUUAUGGCGAUUCAGACAUUGUUCUAUGUAAAUUUGGGGUUUGCUUGAAGGUUCAGUCUAUUUUUAUGUCCCUCACUAUAGUAGUGGGGGACAUAUUGUUUUUGUCCUGUCUGUUGGUUGGUUGGUUGAUCUGUUUACGCCAACUUUAACAUUUGCAAUAACUUUUGCAAUAUUGAAGAUAGCAACUUGAUAUUUGGCAUGCAUAUGUAUCUCAUAGAGCUGCACAUUUUAAUUUUCUGAAAGGUCAAGGUCAGAGGUCAAAUAUAUGUGGCCAAAAUCGCUCAUUUUAUGAAUACUUUUGCAAUAUUGAAGAUAGCAACUUCAUAUUUGGCAAGCAUGUGUAUCUCAUGGAGCUGCACAUUUUGAGUGGUGAAAGGUCAAGGUCAUAAUUCAAUGUCAUAGGUCGAAUAUAUGGCUUCAAAGCGGCGCAGUAAGGGGGAUUGUGUUUUACGAACACAGCUCUUGUUGUUAACUGCCUUUUUAGUCCCUUACCAGUGUUUCACUAAAGUCCGUGUACUUUGGACUCAUUUAAAGUUGACAUUUGAAGCUUUAACUUUGUAUGAUUCUAAAUAUGUGUCAAUGCUGUCGGUUGAAUUUUGAAAUAUGAAGUUUUUCAUUUUUUGUAGAUUAAAUAAUUUGUAAAAUGUUGCAGUUUAGUCAAUCAGUUUUAUAAGAUAUUGAGCUUUAGUUAUGAUGCAGAUUGUAAGAUUCUUAAUAUCUUUCAAUAUUGUGGAUAAGUUUUUGAGAUAUCAAGCUUUGAAUUUUAUGCAAAUUGUAUGAUUUAAAAUGUUUUAAUUUGUUGAUCAGUGUACUGAAGAUUGUAUACUUUUUAUAUGUUAUAAUUCUGUCUAUUGGUUUUCAAAAUGAAAGACUUUGAUUUUGUAAGUGCACUUUUAUCUCAUUAUGCCCCCCUUCGAAGAAGAGGGGGUAUAUUGCUUUGCUCAUGUCGGUCGGUCUGUCGGUAUGUCAGUUUGUCGGUCCGUCCACCAGGUGGUUGUCAGACGAUAACUCAAGAACGCUUGGGCCUAGGAUCAUGAAACUCCAUAGGUACAUUGAUCAUGACUCGCAGAUGACCCCUAUUGAUUUUGAGGUCAAAGGUCAAGGUCACGGUGACCCAAAAUAGUAAAAUGGUUUCCGGAUGAUAACUCAAAAAUUCAUACGCCUAGGAUCAUGAAACUUCAUGGCUAGAUUGAUCAUGACUUGCAGAUGACCCCUAUUGAUUUUGAGGUCACUAGGUCAAAGGUCAAGGUCACGGUGAC